AUGCCGCGAAAACCAUACCCCGCACCGCUGGUCAUCUCGCCCUUAAGUAAAGAGCAUACCCAUACCAUCAUUGCACUUCAUGGAAGAGGGAGCAAUGCUGAACGUUUUGGUCGUGAGAUUCUCGCAUCUGCCAACCUACAAGCCCGACUCCCAACCGUGAAAUUCGUCUUUCCAACUGCAUCUAAACGCCGUUCAACAAUACUCAAGAGGAUUCCUAUUCAUCAGUGGUACGACAAUUAUUCACUUGAUGAUCCUGGUCAGAGAACAGACCUACAAAUCGAUGGCCUAUGCGAGACUGCCGAAUUCAUUCGUGGCUUAAUCACCAAAGAAGCACAUAUUCUGGGCGAGGGAGGCUACCGAAAGUUAAUUCUAUGGGGCCUAAGCCAAGGCUGUGCUGCCGGGAUUUUCACAGUUUUGGGUGGCUGGCCUGACAUAACGGAACCAAAGGCCCUUGGAGCAUUUAUUGGGAUGCGUGGAUGGCUGCCGUUUGAGCAGCAUUUGAAUGAAAUUCUUCAAUAUGAGGACAACCCGGCAUUGGCCGGAAACAGCUAUCAUGAAAAGCAAUCGGACGACCACGAUAUAGAGGGUGGGGAUAUAACCAGUGAUGAAGAGUCAGAAAGAGAUGAAUUCUCUAAGUCUAAGUUAGAAAACGGUCCAUUUCAGCGACCUAGCCAAUUGCGUGACGACUUCAAUCCCUUUAUAGAGGGAGAAGAAGAAGAAGAACUCCCUCUGCCAAUCCAAGCGAUAAACUAUGUCCGUGAUAUCCUUGAUCUUCCUAUGCUUUCGACAGAUGAAAAGUCACCAGUGCCAUCGAAUUUGUUUCAACUUCAAACACCCGUGUUUAUCGGUCACGGCUCAGAAGACCCCAAGGUUUCUGUGUGCCUUGGCGAAAAAAUGUCUCGAGUCCUUUCAACUGGCCUCGCAAUGAAUGUCACAUGGAAGUCCUAUAAGGGACUUGGCCAUUGGUAUCGCGUUGAAGACGAGAUUCAAGAUAUUUUGAAAUUCCUUGAAACUCACGCCGAGCUACCAGUGGAAGACGGAUCACCAGUAUCCAGUACUUGA